AUGACGACAGUCACAUUGCAGCACCCCGGCUUGGCAUUCGUGUGGUCUAUGGAUGGUUACUAUAAGGGGAGGCGUGUAUUAGAGUACAGGACCAUGGGAGACUUCACUAGAGGACAGAAUUUUGUUCAGCACCUCUUACCUCACCCCUGGGCCGGGACAGGUCAUGUGGUCUACAACGGAUCACUGUACUACAACAAGCACCAGAGCAACAUACUGGUGCAGUACCACUUCCGAUCCCGUAACGUGGUGCUCCAGAGGAGUCUGAGUGGAGCUGGUUACAACAACACCUUCCCCUACAGCUGGGGGGGGUCUUCUGACAUAGACCUGAUGGCUGAUGAGACCGGCUUCUGGGCAGUCUACACCUCCAUACCUAACGCUGGGAACAUACUGGUCAGUCGGUUGGAUCCUCGUUCUCUCGACAUUCUCCAGAGUUGGGACACAGGGUUUCCUAAACGCAGUGCAGAGACCUUCAUGAUCUGUGGUACCCUGUACGUCACCAACUCUCAUCUGGCCGGAGCGAAGGUCCACUUUGCUUACCACACCAACUCCUCCAGCUAUGAGUACACAGACAUCCCCUUCCACAACCAGUACUCUCACAUCUCCAUGAUGGACUACAACCCCAGAGAGAGGGCCCUCUACACAUGGAACAAUGGACAUCAGGUCAUCUAUAACGUGACCCUGUUUCAUGUUAUACAGAGCCAAGGAUAGAGGAGGAGAGGAGGGGAGGAGGGAAAGGAGAGAGACUGACUGAUCUCUAUACAGAGCCAAGGAUAGAGGAGGAGAGGAGGGGAGGAGAGAGACUGAUCUCUAUACAGAGCCAAGGAUAGAGGAGGAGAGGAGGGGAGGAGGGAAAGGAGAGAGACUGACUGAUCUCUAUACAGAGCCAAGGAUAGAGGAGGAGAGGAGGGGAGGGGAGGAGAGAGACUGACUGAUCUCUAUACAGAGCCAAGGAUAGAGGAGGAGAGGAGGGGAGGAGGGAAAGGAGAGAGACUGACUGAUCUCUAUACAGAGCCAAGGAUAGAGGAGGAGAGGAGGGGAGGAGAGAGACUG